AUGGCAGAACGACCAAACGGCGACAGCACCCCCGCAACGCCUUCAAAGGGACUUACUGUGGAUGAGAUGCUAAAGAAGUAUCCCAAGGAGGAUGUGGAGCGUGCUACCUCCACAGUAAGUCCCUUUGAAGGCGUUGCGGGGGUGCUGUCGCCGUUUGGUCGUUCUGCCAUCUUUAUUGGGAGAAAUGGAUCAACAGUAUGGUCUCUGCCCUCUGUACGGCCUGGUGAGACAGAGAAUAAGGAUGAACAAGGAGAAUACUGA